AAAAAGAAAAGAGAAACGAAUUUCUGUCUGUAAUAGUGACCCCAGAUAAAAUAGGACUAAUCAAGUCCGCAAUUGGAGAGGGAGAGAGAGAGUACGAUCACUGGUUUGAAUUUGUUCGGAGAGUGAAGAAGACAGAGAGUCAUCAGAGACACAGAGUGAACCUCAAAACUGUUGGUGCGAUGAAACUCUUCAAUCAGCGUUCUCUGAUUCUAAUAUCAAUUCUUCUUUUCAAUUCACUAUCUUCUCAAGCUGAGGUCAUAACCCUAACCGCUGAUACUUUCAAUGACAAGGUGCAGGAGAAGGAUACUGCUUGGUUUGUGAAAUUUUGUGUUCCUUGGUGUAAGCACUGUAAGAACUUGGGGUCAUUGUGGGAGGACUUGGGGAAAACUAUGGAAGGGGAGGAUGAGAUAGAGAUUGGGCAAGUUGAUUGUGGUACUAGUAAGCCACUGUGCAACAAAGUUGAUAUUCAUUCAUAUCCUACAUUCAAGCUCUUUUAUAAUGGAGAAGAAGUCACAAAAUAUCAAG